GCAUUGACACUGUGGCUGUGGCUGUUCCUGUUGUUUCUGAAUAUGUUUAUUUAUAAGUUGAGAAACUUUUAUUACAUUUUCUCAAGAAAUAUUGAAGUAUUUGUGAUUUGAAUAGAAAUUGUGAAACAAUGCGUGUUGUUGGCUUGCUUUCAGGUGGCAAAGACAGCUGCUAUGCCCUCAUGCAGUGUAUUGCUGCUGGGCAUAAAGCUGUUGCAUUGGCCACACUUUUACCUGCACCUGGGAUUGAGGAAAGCAACAGCCACAUGUACCAAAGUGUGGGUGUGAAUAAUGUGUGGCGUAUAGCCAAGGCAAUGGGCAGUAUUCCUAUCUACACUCGCACCAUUGAGGGCAAGUCUGUCAACACUGCUGCUAAUUAUACUCAACCCAUUGCUGAUGAUGAGGUUGAAGACCUCUAUGCUCUUCUGAAAUCUGUCAAGGAAGGUGUUGAGGGAGGCGUUGAUGGCGUGAGUGUGGGUGCUAUCCUCUCCGACUACCAAAGAGUUAGAGUGGAAAAUGUGUGUGUGCGCCUUGGGUUGGUGUGUUACUCAUACUUAUGGCAGCGUGAGCAGAAGGAACUUUUAUCCGAGAUGUUGAAGUGUGACGUAGAGGCCGUGCUCAUCAAAGUUGCUGGGGCUGGCCUGCUCCCUGAGCAACACUGCGGGCAAACUCUGCAGCAGCUUCAUCCAACCCUGCUGCAGCUGAAUUCUAAGUUCGAUUUACAUGUGUGUGGCGAAGGUGGCGAAUUUGAAACCUUUACCACCGACUGCCCGCUGUAUGAAAAACGCAUUCAAAUAGACCGCAAUCGUCUGGUGAAGGAGACCGGUGAUGUUGGCUACAUGGUGCUGGAGCAGCUAUCGUUCCAGGACAAGCAGCUUCACGGGAAGAGCAUGGAGGAGCGUGUAGUGGCUGCAGGCGUGCCAGGCCCGUUGCACUUCGUGGAGGAGAUCCUGCGUCUUGAGUUGUCUGAGGCUCCUGCUGCUGACGUGGUGGACGUGGCAACGCUUAGCGAGGCUCCUGUCGUGCAGUCCAACAUAAACAAGCUCCUGAGACCCGACCAGAGAUCUUCUUCUGGACCCUGUGUGGUGGUGAGCGCUGGAGGCUGGUGGGUGGCCAGCAGCUAUGCAGGUAGCUGUGUUGAUGAAGUCCUCAGGCAGAUGACUGAUGACCUCGCGACACACGGCCUCUCCUUGGCGGAGGCGUGCGAGGUGCGCGCCUUCGUGCGGUCCCUGGCCACAUACGCGCAGUUCAACGCUGCCUACAAGAAACAUUUCGGCCACAACCCUCCCGUGCGCGCGUGCGUGCAGUCCUGCAUAUCCAGCGAGUGUCAGUUGGAAGUUUUGGGGUACAGUCAUGGGGAGAAGACCGACUCCUCACCUCGUCAAGUUCUACACGUACAGUCCGUGUCUCACUGGGCGCCUGCCAACAUCGGGCCCUACAGCCAGGCAGUCAAGGUUGGAAGCCACGUGUCGUUGGCGGGCAUGAUUGGUCUGGUGGGAGGAACUCUAGACGUGAUCGAGGGAGGUGGUGCCAAGCAGGCCGCCCUCGCCCUGCGCCACAUCGACCGUCUGCUCUGCUGCGUCUUCAAGACGUCUGACACGCCACGGAAUCUCCUGUUGCAGGUCAUUUGCUACAGUAAGAGCGUCGAGGCAAGUCACUGCUCAGAGCCUGGCCUGCAGGGGCUGCGCUGUCCACUGCUUCAUGUCGUCGUGCAGCGGCUGCCUAAAGACGCCGACAUUGAACUGCACUGCGCCGCUAACGCCCUCGCUGCUUCCUACCAACUGUCGACGAAGCAGUAUUCGCUGAAGGGAUGGGCCGUCAGCCUGCAGUGCAUGGCCAUACCUCGGGCUGCCGCCCUCAUCGCUACUCUUGAUGGGGCUGAAGGUCAUCCAUCAGAGCCCGUAUGCGUCGAGCUGUUACUGGAUUUCCUGGGCGUGGCAGUCAAUGAAAUAAUGACAUCCGUCAGCAGCAACUCGACUGAGCUGCUCAGCGUGACGCUAUACUUCGCAGCCGCUCGUCUGCCCGGCGGCGUAGCAGACGCCGUCGCUGCCGCAGUCACGAGCGCCAACGCGACGAGCAGCUGCGACGGGCCGCGCCUGGCCCUCAGCGCAGUGCCUGUUACGGCCAUCGGCAGCCACGGCCAGAGUGUCGCUGCUGUUGUCAUUAACACUUUAACUCCAGUUGUUGUCGCCUCCGCUUGAAUAAUUUACAGGUGCUGAUUAACGCCAAACUUUUGUAAAUACUUGGCGUUUCAUCGUGAAGUGUGCUAGUUGAUUCGAUACUUUCUGCAUGAAGCUUCCUACACUUCGUCAAUUCAGAUCUGUGAAAUGCUGACAGUAAAGUGAUGAAAAUAAGAUAAACAUGUCAGAGGAACAUUGCAAAAAAUUGUUGAUAGUCUCAAAAAGUCUAGUAGGUUAUCUAUAAUAUUUUGUUUCGUUUUUGUUUUCUCCUGCAUUUUUGAAAAAGCUCAGAAUGGUUAAAGCUUUAGUAAAUAAAUUUCAUUUAGUUGCUCAAA